AUGGCGUCUUCAAGCAUCAAUGCGGGAAAUUAUAGAAAAAGAAUAUUGAACGCUGACGAAAUUCAAAUAUGUGAUUUGCAGAAUCCCUGGAAUUUCUUCAUAUUGAUGAACCAGGAUGACAGUGCGUUGAAUAAAUGGCUCAUGGACAAUAAUUUGCUUCUUAAAAGCAUGCCUUGCUCAAAAGGCGACGAUGCAUGUUCUGGUACCAUGAGGCCAAGCCAAAGGGCCGGUAAACCUUCAGGAGCCACUCUACGAUGCAAUAAAAACAGAAACCAUGAGGUUGCCAUCAGGACGAAUUCUUUUUUCGAAAAUUCAAAACUCUGCAUUCAGGACAUUUUCAUGUUUGUAAAAUCCUACCUUGAUGGACUAUCUCUUAGGCACGUGUCUCUUUCCGCCGGUGUGCACUACAAGACCACAGCUGUUGACUGGGCAUCUUUUAUAAGGGAGAUAUUCAAGGAAUAUUUUCAUCGCAACAUGAAGCAUCGUGUGCUUACUGGGGAAGUGGAGAUUGAUGAAUCCCUCUUUGGCCGUAGAGUGAAAUUUCACCGAGGAAAUCCUAAUAAAGGAUUAAAAGUAAGCAGUCUUUACACUGAAAUAUUAUUCUUUAAAAUAUAUAUACAUACAUUUGUUUCACAUGUACAUUUUUAA